AWCCACCUCCACCCAGUCUWCAGAGGCUCCUGKCACAGAGGAGAACCAGGAGGGCACCCUAAAGCAGAAACGGGAGCGUAAGCCUGGAAAACCAGGGAAAUAUGUGUGCUCUUACUGUGGCCGUGCCUGUGCCAAGCCCAGCGUCCUGCAGAAACACAUCCGCUCCCACACCGGAGAGAGGCCCUACCCCUGUGCUCCCUGCGGAUUUUCUUUCAAGACCAAGAGCAACCUCUACAAGCACCGGAAGUCGCAUACCCACAGGGUGAAGGCCGGCCUCGCCUCUGGAGAGCCCAGUGCUUUAGAAGAACCGGUGCCAGAGUCAGAAGACGAAACUAGACAGCCGUUGUCUGCUGCUUCUUCCAACAUGGAGAGACAAGGCAGCGUAGCCAAUGAGAAGACCCAUGAAGACACUGAGAGGUCUACAGAGCAGUCCAGCGGGAUGGACAACUCCUACGCCGUCAAGAAGAGGCUGGCCAUGCGUUUGAGCCGAGGGAAACGCGGCCCUCUAGGCUCGUCUGACUCGAUCAGUUCCUCGAUGGGUAUGGGGAGUAGAGGCAGCACAGAGUCUGGCUAUUUCUCUCGUUCUGAGAGCACUGAGCAGUCACAGGACAGCCCACCCAACGUAACCAAAAGUGCCAAAAGCUAUGCAGAGAUCAUCCUGGGGAAAUAUGGCCGUCUGGGCCACCUCCAGAGGAUGUCCCGGCAUCAGGACCAGCAGCCUUCUGGAAGCCAGGGACAGCAGGAGAAGAGCAUCCCAUUCACAGUGCCCAAGAAGCAGGUCAUUGACCACAUCACCAACCUCAUCACCAUCAAUGAGGCUGUCGUGGACACAAGUAAGAUCGACAGCGUCAAGCCCAGGAGGUUCUCUCUGUCUAGGAGAAGUAGCACAGAGUCUAAGGUUUCUUUAUCUCUGAAAGAGUCGCCUGUAGUCCACCACAGCACCAACAACCCUGGAGACCCAGGCUUUAAGAGCAGUGGUUCCAUCACUAUGGGUGUUCCGUGUGAGAAGUUUCAUCAUCACCAGUCACUACACGUGGAUUCAACGGCAGGCCAGACAUCCACUUCCAUGGCUCCUCUUCUGAGAAGCCUCUCUAUGCCCUCUGCUGCUAGUUCAACUGAUGCCUCCUCUGGCAUCUGUCCACGAAACUUCCGCCUUAGCCAAUCUUUCGAUGAACGGUCUGAAACACAGUCUCGCCGCAUUGGGAUGCUACGACGCCAGCCUGCUAUCGAACUACCCCCAGGUGCUGAAUUCAAUACAGAGGAACACAGUUUACACAGUAGCUCCGACACGCUCUACAAUCACAAUAUGUCCGUCGUGCCUCCUGACCAUAAGCAAUGUCAACCAGAGCCGUACGAGUGUGAGACCUGUGGCGUUGGAUGUAAGAACUGGGAAGGUUAUAAGGCACACAAGAGAAGUCUUUGUAUAGCACGACUUCCCCAAGAGAGUCUUGGUACAACAAUAUGUCAGCUGGACCGUUCACAGUUGAUACACUAUCCGAUCAACAGACCAGGGGUUUUGGCAAUGCGCAAGAGAAGGAAAGAGGAGAGUUUUGAAUCUGAUGAGCCAUCCUCUCCUGUUUCUUUAUCCAUACCCACCUUGUCCACGUUGGUGCAAGGCAGAGACGAAAAAAGUGUAGCAUGCAGUAGAAACUCAUGGUCACGAUUAGAGCAGGAUUGGGGAGAGACAUCGAAAGGUUUCUCAGUGAUUCAACAUACUAGUUCAUUUGAGAAACAGGACACUUUGUUUACAGAGAGUCAAGGUAAAGAGGAGGAACAUAUUAAAUUCCCAUCUCAUGAGGAUGCGUCUCAAAAACAACAGGAACACUCGUCCAAACCAACACCUCGCAAACUGGUGCGCCAACGCAAUGUUCAAGUCCCUGAGAUAUUCAUCACUGAGGAUUCCAACACCAAUGUUAUUGAGUCUAUUCAGACACAAUCAGAAAUGGCCUCCCUAAUGCCUAAACAGACCAAGAGAACAGAGGAGUUCCAGUGGCCACAGAGGAGCCUCACCCUGUCUGGGGUCCCCAUCGAGAAGCUGCCCCCGAAGAAGAAACGAAUUCGCCUUGCCGAGGCCGCCCAGUCUUCAGGGGAGUCCAUGUCCAGCUUUGACUCCAUCUCCCUGCCUCGCAGCCCCAGCCAGGACAGCUGUGCAUCCCAUGCAUCUAGCCGCUCUGCAUCCUUUGAGGAGUCCACCAGACCCGGAGACAUGGAGACCCUGGCUGGGAUACCAUUGAGGAGGUCCAGGGCCCCUAACAUGUUGACCGUCCCAGGGCUGCAUCAUCACAAAAGGGAGAUGCGGCGGUCGGCCUCAGAGCAAGCACCUUACGACCCACAGCAGCAAUCUGUUUUGAUGGCAAUGUCAGAGAUGCGAAGCAAGUCCUUUGACUACAGCAGUUUGUCCCCUGAGCGCUCGGCGGCCGGCUGGAGAGACAGACGCAAAUGUCUCCUCAUGAGACACACUCCGGUCAGGGACCCAGAGGAGGAGGAGCAGCCUGCCAAACCUGCAGAACUGAAGCUGAACCCCAGUUCCUGCAUUAUUGCCAAACACACAGCACUAAAGGUGAACAACCCUUCUCACUGCAGCCCCAGUCCUGACCCUGUCAGUCCCAGCACCUUAUCUAGACAAAGCCCAGGUCCUCAACACCUUAGUUCGGCUGCUGGUUCCCCUCUGUCAGGCGAACCCACAUCCUGUAACCCUGUGCAAACUCUUUGUGGAGAGCCUCCCUCACAAUGGAAACUGGGUCAAAGUAUUCAGUUGACUGGACAUUGCUUUGAAGUUCUACCCUCUCAGAACUCUGUAGAAUCUCCUGAUCCCCUCCAGAGGGUAGCCCCAUCACCCCUCUGUUCAGGGAAGCCUGUAAUUAUCUCCCUCCGUCCUGUCCACACCUACAUCCACCCUGCCCAACCCCGCCCUGUCUACCCUCCCCACCCCCUCCCCACCCAGUGCCCAUUAGGGAUAGCUAGGGCCCACUACCUACCAAUAUCCACAGGCCUGAAGCUGGAGAUUCCAGUCCCAACUCACAGUCAUGAUGGACAUUCAGAGUUUGUAACACAUCCUCCGCAGAUCCUCCAUCCUCACCCUAACAUCACACUCAGCCCAGAGUUACUCCGGCCCUCCAUAUCACCAGCAGUAGCAGUAGUCCGGCUACAGGCAGACACCAACACCCUAGCCAGUGCCAUAUACACCACUCUGUCCCAAACCACAACAUCUAGGUCCCAGGAACCUGUUUGUUCUGCAUUAAACAGUGGCAWUAGAAAUACCCCAACGUCUGAACAUAACAGCCACCUGGUCAUGACUCUGCCUGUAAGCAGCAAGAGGUUGUCUGAGACUCUGCUACCAGUCAGCCAGUUGACUCUGCCUCCAGGCAACCACUUGGCUUUGCCUCUGGCUCCAGGCAGCCAGUUGUGGUCUGAGGAGGGCUGUAGAUCUUCAGGCUCAGGAAGCUACAAGCGCAUGUUAUCCCCUUCAAACAGUGUCGAUUUUAGCCCUGAGUCCAAACAGCAGCAGAAACGAGUGAAGGAGGAAGAAGAGGAGAGUUGUGUAGGAAACGUAAUCGCAGAAACAUCAACAAAAGAAGAAAAGGUUGAGAUUCCAACAUGUUUACCUAGGGUGUGUACUCCCAUAAGUCCAGAAGGACCUUCAUAUCCAACCCUUCAGUCCACCACCUCUCACAGCUGGUGUUAUCUGAACUACGUCAAGCCAAACCCCUCCACCUCGACUGACCAGCCCUCAGUGUACUCCUCCUGGUCUACCAGCGAGUAUGACCCCAACCCUCCAGGCCUCUCCACCAAGACAGCCCUGUCCCUGUUGGACUGCAAGCAGAGGGUCAGCUACACCAUCUAUACCAUGUCUCCCAUGUCAUCCACCCCUGCAGAGACCACACCAGAGCCUGCCGACAUGAAGACGCCAUGCCCUMCUGAGGUCCAUGCCACUCUGCCCGGCGACAGCCACCGUGUUGAGACAACAGAGCAAGAGCAGUCCGCAGAGGACAAGGAGCCAAAGAAAGAACGAGAGGAGGAGGAAGAGAAGGAAGAGAAGGAAAAAGAAGAGGAGGCCCAGUCAACCAGCAAAUGUAGAGAAGCUCCACCUCGUACCUGGAUCUGUGAGGGAGGCUACAGGUCUAGUGAGGAGUAUGUGUACGUGCGGGGUCGAGGCAGGGGCAGAUAUGUGUGUGAGGAGUGUGGCAUCCGCUGUAAGAAGCCUAGUAUGCUGCGCAAACACAUCCGCCUGCACACCGACUCACGACCCUACGUCUGCAAGCAUUGCAACUUUGCCUUCAAAACCAAAGGGAACCUCACUAAACACAUGAAGUCCAAGGCCCAUGGGAAGAAAUGCCAUGACGGGCCAAUGACUGGCUCUUCCCUGGAAGAGGCUGAGGAAGGAGGCAGUGAAGACUGCUCAGUCUGGCCAGAGACAGGACAGGACGAGCACCGAUACUCUGACGUCAGCGAAACUGAAGAAGAUGACGAUGACAACGAGUAUGAUGAUGAAGAUGAAGAUGGUGAAGAGGAGUCCUGGUCCCCUGAAGACCCUUCCUCCACAAGCCACCUGAAGCCACCCAAACCCCCAAACCAGAACAGAACCACAACAGACCAGGACAGGACCAGACCAUCCGGGCCAAGCCAGCCCAGCCAGCCUCAGAGGCUAAAUCCCCAGGAGCCAAGCCUCUGUUACCCUGCUGGUUCCCCCAGCAAGAAGAGAGCUCUGUUCUCCCGGAGAAGGCACCUGGACUGCGCUGGUCACCGCUCCCCACGCCACUGUCCAUCACCAACCCUAWCUCCAUCUCCAUCUCAUCSCCUGUCCUCAUCUCCAGCCCCAGCCCAAUCUCCAUCUCAUUGCCUGUCCUCAUCUCCAGCCCCAGCCCUAUCUCCAUCUCCAUCUCAUCACCUGUCCUCAUCUCCAUCUCAUCGCCUGUCCUCAUCUCCAUCUCAUUGCUUGCCCUCAUCUCCAGCCCCAGCCCUAUCUCCAUCUCCAACCCUAUCUCCAUCUCCAUCUCAUCGCCUGUCCUCAUCUCCAUCUCAUCGCCUGUCCUCAUCUCCAUCUCAUCACCUGUCCUCA